AUGACUUCCAAUAUGAAUAUGAAGCUCGUUUUUCAUAAAGAAAGCAAGAAAGUUUUGUAUGCAGAAGCAGGAAAGGAUGUUGUAGAUUUCCUUUUCUACAUUCUUACUUUACCAGUAGCCACGAUUUCAAGCAUUUUCUCCAAGUACAAGAAGGACAUGGGGGGAUGUUUAUUCAACCUUUACACGAGUUUUCAAAAUCUCAACAACAUCUACAUUGAAACCAAUAUGGUGAAUAAGGGUAUCCUGAAUCCCAGGACCUCUUACCCAAUACAGCAAAGCUUAUUGUUGCCAGAAACUAUACAAUCUACUCUCUAUGUCGAUAUUGAACUCUUCAAAUGCCCCGUCUGUCCGUAUAGUAAUUAUGUUCUUCGAAAUCGUUUGCAAUAUUCAUCAUGUAAGAAUUGCAGUCAGAGGCAAAUGGAUUGCCCUGCAGUGCUAUCUCUGCCUGUGUACAAAUCUGAAGAAAGUGGACCGGGUUUUGUGAAGGAUUUGGUAACAUACUUUGUGAUGGAUGAUUUGGAGAUCAAACCCAUGUCUACAACUUCAAGUAUUUCUUUGUUGAACAAGUUCAAUGUUAAAGAUGUAGGUGAUCUUCAAGAAAUGGUGGUUGUUUUGGGCAAGAAUGAGGGUUUCAAGAUAUUAGAAGCUUCUAUGAAAGGGAAAGAAGUGCUCACCAGUGUCUACAUUGACAAAUUUGUUGGACAAGAACAAGUUAAAGAGGAGGAGAAAUAA